AUGCUCAAGCUGCCAGGAACUUCGAUCGUAUUGUUUUAUCUAGUUCCUCAAAAUGAACCCGAAAACCCGGGAAAGGACUCGGCAGACGUGUCAGCCUUGCAAAAUCGUGAAAAAAUACUUGCUUAG